UAAUAAUCAAUCCAUGAAAAGAGAACAUGUAUUUCAUAUGAAUGUGCUUGGUGUCACUUUAAGAACUGCCCAUAAAAAUCGCAUUUUGAGUGGAAUGCGGAAACCGGGGAUUAAUAUGGCAGUCACAUGGAAGCAACUGUUUUUGGGAUUUAUGCUUUCAUAUGCCUUUGUUACCUGCCAUAAAUCCAUGCUCGGACCAAACGAAGUAAAACAAUGUCACUAUAAACACCCGCCUUUGCAUAAGAAUUGCGCCAAGCACCUGACGAAGGUCUGUUGUUAUAUUAAUGGCAACUUACUAGAAGAAAAAUGCAUUGACAGAAGCGCCAGCCGCUUUUUGAUAUGGAGAAGAUACUGCAAGCGACUAUUCCCUCCUUACAUGGAGUGCGUCGGUAGCCAAAGUCAUGUCUACUGCGAGUGCUUUGAUCCCGUAGAUGGGCUUGCACGACUUGGCUGAAGACAUUUGAAUCACCAUGUUUAUCUGUGACUGCUAAUAAACAGAAAAAUAUAUUGUGACAACUA